AUGUGUGACUUCUCGAAAUACGGUAUUCCCAGCGAGGAGUGGCUACGUGUGGAAGCCACUUUGCCAGCCGCAAAAGAUCAAAGCUUGGCUGAGCUCAAGAUAGCUGCCAAUGAAGGCAGAGAAGCCGUGGCGCGAAAGGCGAUGCCAGAGUUUUCCAACCAAAUUAUUAGCGAAGAUCACUCAAUUCCAGCCCGCGAUGGCUACAAAUUAGAGGCGAGAAGUUAUCGUCCGAUCUCAGCAUCUCCCACUAAGAAGCUACCCAUUUACAUGCACUUUCAUGGUGGUGGCUUUCUGUUCGGUACUUUGAACUCGGAGGAUGCAAUCUGCUCUCGGCUUGCCGUCAACACAAAUGUUGUUGUUGUCAACGUCAACUACCGCCAUACUCCCGAAUACACAUAUCCAGCCGCCUGGAACGAUGCCGAAGAUUCCUUCCUUUGGGUCUGUGAGAACAUUGUUCUCUUGAAUGGUGGUCUGGACAGAAUCAUCGUCGGUGGAAUAUCGGCUGGUGCAUGGCUCGCCGCUUCUCUUACACUGGCAGUAUCGAGGUCGGAGCUCCCAGUCUCGCCGGUACUAGGAAUCUGUGGCCAGGUAUUGAUGAUCCCUGCUCUGGUAUACACCCAGUGUUAUGGCUCGCAAUUGCAUCAAAUCAAAGAGCCUAGACUCUCAUCAUAUUCUCAAAAUGAAAACGCGCCGAUCCUGAAUAUGCGACGGAAGCAGAUGUUUAACAGUCUGUUAAAGGUGGAAAAUCCAGAUCCCACCGACAAGCGGCUGAAUCCUGGGCUUCUAUCGUCUGACGAUGCGAAAAGGUUGCCGCCGACAACACUUGGGAUUGCGGGCUACGAUCCCCUAAGGGACGAAGGCUUGCUAUAUGGCAAGGUUUUGGCUGAAAACGAUGUACCGACCAAUAUCAAUGUCUUCAAGGGUGUACCCCAUGGAUUCCGACGAUUCGGGGACAAACUGUCGGUCUGCAAGCAAUGGGAUCAUACCAUGGAAGACGGAGUUCGAUGGGCUUUGACAAAGCCUGCUGCCUCAAAAGAGUUCAUCAUCCAGGAACAUUAA